AUGCCUUCUUCUUCCGAAAGACGCGCCCAGAAACCAAGUCUGCACCAUCGCACAUCUUCGACAAUCCACUACCAGACAUUUCCCACCGCGCCUCCCAAGAACGCUGGAAAGCCGCCGCCCAAGCAGGACAUGAAACCCAAUGGCGCGCCUGCACCGUCCUCCUCAAACCUCAGUCGAUCAGAAUCCCAUGACUCCGAGUCGCACCACGAAACACCCUUACCGAAGGCUCAGCUCGCCAUAUUGGCCGUGAUCGCAUUGGCAGAGCAGACGGCACUGAACAGCAUCUCUCCAUACCUUCCAGACAUGGCAGCAUCAUUUCCAGACGUGGAAGAGGCAGAGAUAGGCAUGUACGUGGGCCUCAUAGCUUCAGCAUUCGCACUGGCGCAAUUCGCGACCAACUUUAUGUGGGGCUGGUUAUCGGACAGAGUUGGGCGGAAACCAAUUGUGCUGACGGGGACGCUUUUGACCGCUGCCUGUUUUGUCGCAUUCGGAUUCAGUAAGACGUUAUGGCAGGCGAUAGUGGUGCAGGCGUUGAUGGGACUUGUGAAUGGCAACCAGGGCGUCAUCAGUACGUGUUUGGGAGAAAUUACAGAUCGCUCGAACCAGGGUCGAGCCUUCACAUACUUGCCAGUGAUCUACGGAAUUGGUGGGAUCACAGGACCGCUGGUGGGCGGGCUACUGGUCUUCAGGCAGAACCCAUUUGACAAGAGCAAGGCGAAUCCAUACCCGUACUUGCUGCCAAAUCUUUUUGCAGCUGGAGUACUAGUAAUCGACUUCGUGCUGACUUCAAUCUUCUUGAACGAGUCACUGGACACAAGCGGUGAGCUUCCGCCGUUGAAGAAGCGAGUGGAAAGCUUAUUUGCUUGGAUAUGGCAGUUCACGAGCUCCUCCAGGCCAACAUACAUGCGAAGAGCGCAGAAGUCUUUCGAGACAACGAGCGGCGGACAUCAUGACGAAGACGAACCUAAUGAGAGAACCUCACUCUUCGCGCACAACCAGGAGGAGCUUGAUAAAAAGGACGUAUUCAAUCGCGACACCAUAUUGCUCUUGAUCUCGUACCUGAUCUUUCAACUGAGCAACGUGAGCUUCAACUCACUAUAUCCCAUCUUCUCCGAAGCGAGACCACCAACUGGUCGCAACCUGUCGCCGGAAGAGAUUGGUACAAGUUUGGCAUUUGCUGGAUCUGUGACCAUUAUCUUCCAAGUCGGUAUCUUUGGAAAGUUGAGAGAGAAGAUGGGCAACAAGACAACUUAUCGUAUCGGGCUCGCAGGUUUCGUGGUGGCGUUCCUUCUCAUGCCGUGGGUAGGAUACAAGGACAAUUCCGAUGGAACCCAUGAAGCCACCCAAAUGGGCAAGGUGUGGCUGUGGGUUGAGCUUGGUGGUGUGCUCCUCAUCAAGACUGUUGCCGCUGUAGGCGGUCUCACUUCAGCACUUCUGCUCAUCACCAAUAGUGCGCCAUCACACGCUGUGCUCGGAACACUCAAUGGCCUAGCGCAAACCCUCAGCGCAGCAGGACGUGCGGUGGGUCCUUUCAUCAGCGGCUCACUCUUCAGCGCCGCGACUCAUGUUGAACCUAAAGGAGAAGCAAUGGCAUUUGGAAUCUUUGGCGGCAUUUCAUUCAUUGGAUUCCUGAUGAGCUUUGGUAUUCGAAGUGCAGGUCUGGAAGCAGACGGGUGGGACGAAAGCACGUCUACCGACGAAGAGGAUGCUGGCAGUGAUUCAUCUUCAGAUCGACGAGUGAGGAGAUGA